AUGAGUUUGACCUCCGAUCUACUGGAGCUGAGUCAGCACCUGCAGCAGGAACAUUUGUUUGUGACGACAGAACGAGAACAACUGCAGAGACUGUAUCACAAUGUGACCAUCUUGUCGGAGAAGUUAUUUCACACUGCUUGGAUAGCACGCCAGCAGAAGCAGAACCUUCAGUACUUCAUUGAUCAAGGGAAUAAUGCAGGAGAAAAUGUUGAGGUUUAUAGCACCAACAACCAACUGGAGGAAUCACAUUUUGUGGACUCCUACAAAGUUUUCAGCUAUCAUGACUCAAAAUACGGAGAUCUGCUCAGAUUUCUGUACGAAAACCCCCACCUUGUGGCCAACAUAAUAUAUGUGGCCGAAAAAAUUGGUGGGCUGAAUGUACAGCGUAUGAUUGGCCUCAUCGUGACCUCCAUAUACGGGAACUGUAUCUUUCAAGAAGACGAGAAAGUAGUACUACUACUGCUGAAAACCCUGUUGGUCUGUCAGCUAGCCGACAGUGAAAACCCUCGCAGACUCAUUCGCCGGCAGAAUUUGUCGUUCUCCCUUGUAUAUAAACAUCUGUGUGAGACUCUCUUCUCCGCCAGGCUGUUUCUCACAGCAGCCCUAUAUGAACCAAUCAUGAGGCUUCUAAUGGAGGAUGAGUGGUUCUUUGACAUUGAUCCAGACAAGGCGCUCGUGAGGUUCCCGCCAGCAGAAAAGCUCCGAAGGUUUGGAGAACCUGGUACUGAGGAGUACAGUAUAAAGCAAGCCCAGUACCGCUGCUUCAUUGUGGAUAAGUUAGUCAUGCUGGCAAUCAAGUUUAUAAACAGUAUCAAGGCAAAUAUGCAUUGUUUUCCUGCAAGCCUCGGCUGGCUGGUCUCACAGGUCUACAGGGUUUUAACUGAGCGAGGGAAGGUCAGUAUGCAGGAGAUCAGAGUGUGUUGUGCCGAUCUGGUGUUUGCCUUGUUUAUCUGCCCCGCCAUCUGUGAUCCAGAACCUCAUGGAAUAACUUCAGAUGUUCCAAUUAGCCAUAUAGCCCGCCACAAUCUCAUGCAGAUGGCUCAAAUUAUUCAAGUUUUGGCUAUCUCUCAGUUUGAAGAGAUUGAUCCCAAAGUCAGAGAUCUCUACAGUCGUUUUGAAAAGGGAUGCAUGGCCUCAGUCCUGGACUUAUUCUUGGAGGGACCAUGGGAAGAGUUCACGGAACAAAUCUCCUUUGACAGACAGAAGUCUUCUGCAGGAGCCACAAGAUCAGCAGUUCUGCUAACACCACGGGAUGUGAGGGAAAUGAUUGGCUUUCUUAGAAGCACAACUGUUCAUCUCGAUGAAGGAACCAGCAACAAGAAGACUCUAGAACAGCUUCUAGCUGUUCUUCCAGCAGACAUGCCACCAUCUUUAGGAGAUAUUGUAUCUGUCACAGGAGGUGGCGGGGCCGCCCCACCAUCGACACCGGGAACUGGGUCAUCUGCUCAAACACCAGACACACCUGGGACGCCCAACUCUGAGAGGAAGUUGUUUAAAUCUAAAGGCACUAGAAAGAGACGCACCACUACAAGUUCUCUCAAUUUUGAGGAAGUAAUGACAGAUGGCACAGAUAACGACAGCAAAGCCAAACCCAGCGAUGUUCUAGUAAUUUCCAUUUACCCGCCAGGUGACUGCCUUGGUUUGUUGCCAGAGAAGAAGGUGUUGUCGUCAGUCCUGGACUCUGAAGGCAAGCAGGUCAACUCUCACCCUGUGCCACCGUCUGAUCCUGUCCCUGUAGCUACUCCCCAGGCAGCACCUAAUCCAGAAAUUCAGGAGAAGCGUACCCGAUUCUCAUUGUCACAUGACCAAGAAUCAAUAGGGAAUGCUAGUGACUAUCAAGAAGUCAUAUCUGAGGCUGCCUCCAGUCAUUCUGUUGAAGACGAGGAGAACGAGCUGGAAACAGACAACUUUUCUGACAUGAUGUCUGCAAAUGUGAGUGGACGAGGAUCACCUUCAAUAAGUGGCAGGGACACACCACUGUCUCAGGCUGGCAGCGUUGAGGAGAACCCCCCACCUCCACAACUUCCUGUGCCAGUUCCGGAGACUGUGAGAAAAGAAAACAGAGUUGAUGUAACGGAAAGAUUCGGCAAGUUUGAGAUCAAAGCAGAGCUUGCAAUGGAAAGGGAUGAGUGCAAGUCAACAGUCAGUGAUACCUGGAGUACAGAUGUCCUGGCCAGUGACUCCGAACCUCCUGAACAGAAUCAGGUUGACAGACUGGAGGAGGUGGCUGAGGAAAAUAUCAGGCCAUUAGUCUUAGGGUCAGAGCCUAUCUCUGAAAUGUCCGAGACUGCCAGCGAUGCCUGGAGUACGGAUGUGCUGGCCAGCGAUACAGAAGAGAAGCACUCUGAGCUUCUGAAAGAUUUAGAACAGGAUCUCAUAACUGGGAUAUUAGACAGAGAUGAAGGAGACAGUUCCCUUGGACACGAUGAAAUAAUUGAUGAGAGUUCCCUUGAACUUGAUCAGCUUGGAGCUGUGGGAGGAGGUGGCAACAGUCAGAUGUCUUUGGAAACUAAUGACUCAUUUUCUGAUGUGUUCGUAGAGAUGUCUGGUAAAUCUAUGGAUGACAGUGAACGGAUGGGCAAUGGGAAAAAGAUUUCCAGUAUCGUGCAUCACUUUCAGUCAGGACCUAAUCUGCAGUUGCCAUCAAUACAUCGGGUGCCUUCUCAAUCCUUAAAGCAUGCUGAGGGGCGGGUGACCUCGGUCAUUGGCAAUUUUGAAAGUAAUUCACCCACUGGGUCUAGUGCCACUUCAACAAGCACAGUCAUCCAUCCCUCAACAGGAGCCAGGAGUAAAGUUAGGGAAAAGAAGAAAGAAAGAGAAGGAAGGUUAAGCAUUGGUAGAGGUGAAGAUGGAAUAAGUGAUUUUGAUCAAGUGCCAUCCAGUGGUGCCGCAGGCGGAUUCAAAAAGAAGAAGGAUCGAUGGACCUGGAGUAGAAACAGUAAUGCAACUUCUGAUCAUCACAGUAAGCCAUCUCAUACCGAUGACCAAGACUUGUCUGUGGGCAGUGCCCCCACAGCCAGCCAUGGCUUCCCAACUCCACCCUCAGGAGGUCAGGGAAAUCACACAUCAUCUCGAGACUCUGGGAUUGAUAUUUGGGUGAGCACCAACGGUCAAAUUUCUGGAAGUUCAACACGUUCCACACCCACAGUUCAUCGUUCAUCAUUUGACUCUAUGUCAAACCGGCAGGUGGCACCGCCCCUUCCUGGAAGGUCAUCCUUGGAUUCAAAUCUCCAGCGCCUUCAUUCUGGCAGUGGAAGGGGGAUGUCUGGUAUCCCUCCAACAGUAGACUCUGGCAUUCCAUCUUAUGUUUCCAGUACAGUCUCCUCAUCUCUUGACAAUAAUACACCACCUCUAGAGAUUGAUAACCCUCUUUUUCGUCUAAUGAACUGUGAGUCAUCAGGUGCGGCUCAAAACCAAAAUGGCAGGGCUUUAGUCUUUGAUAGCAGCCUUAACCAGCGGGAUCAAACCAGCAAAGAGUCUCUUAUGGAUUCCAAGACAGAAAACAAACCUGGGUUUCUAGCAGAGGAUGAUUAUACUGGUGUGAAGACCACUCCACAGAUUGAAGUUACAGACAUCUUCAAAAAAAGUUCAGUUGUGGAUGAAAGAGACCAGUCUGACACUGAUGUCCCGAGCACUGGAGAGCAGAGAGUCUCUAAUGUCAACGAAAGACGACUGUCAUCAGCUUUGACAUUGUUUGACCCGUUUGCACCUGAAAGUGAGGAUGUGGAUGUGUCUAGUGACCUGACAGCUGCAGCAGGGCUUACAAAAGACCUCAGCUUCGAUAGUCAGGUCAGGUUUCUCGAUCAAGAAGCCCAGUUGCAGAAAAAUACAGACUCAUUUUUUCCAAAGCAGUCAAAUGGUAUGGCUGUAAUGGUAGAUGAGAAUAUUAAAGAAGACCUGGGAGUGACUGAUCAAAAAGGUCACAGUCGUCAGAAUAGUAGCGGAAGCAACCAGUCAGCAUCAUCAUUGAAACUGAACACAGCCUAUGAGACUCCAACCAAACAACCAGCUUCGGACAUCACAGAAGACAAGGAUCUGGCAGACGGUGACAAAAACAGAAAGGUCAGCAGUGUGGGGUUUCUACGCACCAUGAAGGAUAAGUUUAACAAAGGAAUCAAAAGGAAGAAUGCUAAAACAGAGAAGGACUCAGAAGCCUGUGAAACUGAUGGUACUCAUGUCAACAAGCCAGCACUUCAAGGAAUGACAUCUAAAGAUGGCCUGACUCAGUUUACAGCAG